CGUGUUUCUCGGUCGCAGGCUCAUCUACGCGCCAUCGACGUCACACUGAUGCAUCAGCUGCUGUCCAUCAACGAGGGCAUCGAGUCGAUCCGCUGGGUGAUGGAGGAGCGAGGGGGCGGGGCCAGCCGUGAGGGCAGCGUGACGGACAGCUUGUGCAGCCUAUCAGACGGCGCGGAGUCUGAGCGCGGCUCCUGCAGCGACGGGCUCGACGGGAUCUCGCUGGGCAGUUAUCUGGACACGUUCGGGGAGGAUGAACCCGAACGCUCCUCGCCCGCAGACCUCUCCAGAGCCGGCAUGGACGAGGAGACGCUCACGAAAUCUCCUCUACGGCCUCGCGUGGAAACCGACGAGUACUACUGCUUUGGAUAGCGCUAACGUGUGCUUGAAUAAAGAUAUCUGACCCGAAUCCAAAUGGAAAGCAUAUAAUGUGACCCUGGGGCACAAAACCAGUCAUAAGGGUCAAUUUUUCGAAAUUGAGAUUUAUACAUCA